AUGAUUUGCUCAUUGACGUGGGAGAAGAUCCGAAAUGCCGAUACCAGUCCUAGGAUGGUUGGGUCUAGACCUUUGAAGGAUUAUUUCUUUCGUCUGGCUGAGGAACUGUAUGAUCUCCAGGCUGACCCGAAUGAGAUUCGCAAACUUGUUAAGGAUCCUGAGUAUCGGACUGUCCUUGAGGAGAUGAGGGCUGCGUUGGAGAAGUGGCAGCGCAGGACGGAAGAUGCUUGGUUGUUCCGGGAUGGUGUUUCCUUGCUAUUUGUUAGAUAUCAUCUUGGGGCUGGGUUCGAGGUGCCGGAUCGUAUCGACUUUGAUGUCGAUGCGCCUGAAAGUAAGGGACAGCCUAUUUUUAAUGGAGAUCUGCCUUGGGGUGUUGCGGUGAAGUGA